UUAGUUUUUGUAAUCAUUAUUUUUAUUCACACAAUAAAUAAAUAAAUAUCAACAAAAGAGUGCUUCUUUUGAUCCUUCUCUCUUGUUUCGAAUUAUCAAUAUUCUCCUAAACUCAAUUUAGUGUGUAUAUAUAUAUAUUAUUUUUUUAUUUUAAAAAAAAAUACAAGCGUGUAACUUACUCAUAAUUGUAUGUAAACAAAAGGUUGGAGUAUGUUGUUUGAUUAGGGUAGAUGAUGUUAAACAAUUUAUGAGGAUGCGGAGAAUCGAAUAGAAGGGAGAGGCUGAAUUGGCUUCUCGUAACCCUUAAGAGUUAUCUCACACUUUAAAUUUUGAUUACGGACACUAAUAAGUAAUUAACUUGACUUAUGGCUCACCAUCUGCCAAUCUCUCAUUGGAUUCUUCUUAAACAAUUCUUAACUCUUUAUUUUCAUUUUAGACAUAGAACGGCAAAAUAAAACCAGCACAUUUGAAAGGUCAUGUUAAGACGAUCGUUUCUUGAAAUAUGUUCAACUGUGUUUCUCGGUACAAAUGUUUACUUACUUAUGAUGUAAUUAAAGUAGCGAGAGGGAUUAAUUUAAAACACACAAGAAGCCAAUAAAAUUUCAACCAAACUUUAGACCAAAAAGAAAUUUCAAGCAAACGCUUUUGGACUCUUGAUGAUAUAUGCUCACCUGGAUCAAUAAUUUUCAAAAUAAAAUAUAUACACAAAAGUUACUUGAGAGGUGAAGUAAGAGAGGAUGCUUAUUCAAUUAUGACAUGACAUCCCUUUUAGAAUCUUUCAGGUAUAUAUUUAUUUAUCUAAGUUAUAUAUAUAUUGAAAGUUGAAACCUAGCUUUUGUUACUUUAAUCCAGAAACAAUUGAUAAAGGUGUAAGAAAGUACAUAUUGGAGUCGAUCGAGUGCGUUGAUUGAUAAGAUACACUUGGAAGGAAGUCUUGACUACUGCAUUGGAAAACCCAACCAUCAGAGAUUCAGGAGACUCGGGUUGGUCAUUUGAAUAGUAAAAGAAGAAAUGUGAUAAAAUAUGGAAGAGAUUCUACACGGUCACAACCAAGAGAUUCCUACAUCCAUCUUCUACUCUGGCAGCUGUGUUUGAUUCUUUCAAGCAAACAAAGAUUAUCUUUCUCUCUGUCUAUCUAUUUUUGAUAAUAUAGUUGGGAUAUGGAUUAGUAAAGAUUCAAAUGAUACAUGUGAUGAGGUCGGCUCACAUAAUUAUAAUUAAGAAGGGGUUUGACCUUGUGAGCAAAUUGGGUUUUUAUUUAGCUGCUGACUUAUCUCAUUUUGGCAGCUCUCUUAUUAAAUUAAUUUCUUCCUUAAUUUUUAAUCAUUUAAAGGAGGGGAGCUAAGCUAUUGGCGUCUGAUAUUGAACAACAAAAGAGCCUAUCAAACACCACAUGCUUGCAUCAAUAUCAUCCCUAGCUCUUACCCAAUCCUGGUUAACUAACUUUAUUUGUCGCAGUUUGGUUCAUCAUAUCUUAGUUAAUUAUUUAUAUUUUGUCUGUAAAUAUCGAGGCAUGCUCAUGCAAAUGGAAGAAAGCAACAACUCAGGCGUGGUGGAUUUCCCUGAAAACUUUAUGGACCAACUCUUGUGGGAAGAGUGCAGGGGAGAAGAGGAGGAGGUAUCGUUAUGGUCAUCAUUAGGGUUGAAGGAGAGAGUUACUUGCGCCAUGGGGCACCUGCAAGAGGUGAUGGGAGGAGAGAAGGAGUUGCUGAUUCAGCUGUGGGUUCCUGUGGAGAGAGGGAUGAGAAGAGUGCUAAGCACGGAAGAACAGCCUUACUCGCUCAACCUCUUCUCCCAGAGCCAGAGCUUGGCCCUCUACCGAGACAUCUCAGCAGGCUACAGCUUUGCAGCAGAGGUUGGGUCUGACCAGCUGGUGGGACUCCCUGGGCGAGUGUUCCUGAAUAGGAUGCCUGAGUGGACUCCAGAUGUUCGCUUCUUCAGGAGUGAGGAGUACCUUCGCAUCGGAUACGCCCACAGGUGCCAGGUUCGAGCUUCCCUCGCUCUUCCACUCUUCCAAGGGCCUUCUGGAACCUGCAUGGGGGUGUUGGAGAUGAUCACCACUCACCCCAGCUUGGAGUAUGGCUCCCAACUUCACACCAUCCACCAUGCCCUUCAGGCCUUUGAUCUCCGGAGUUCAGAAACCUCCAUCGUCCCAACCUCUCUCAAGCCCCACACCGACGACGACCUUCACCGAGAGGUGGCCUCGAUUCUCAAAGGCAUCUGCAUCUCAUACGGACUCCCGCUAGCUAUUACGUGGGGACACCAACAAGACUCGUGCCUUUCUGCUAUAGUCUCUGCCAGUUACGCCUCUGACCAGAACAGCCGCAGCUUCCUGGACGCCUGCUCGGAGCACCAUCUUGUUGCCAAGGAAGGAAUCGCUGGAAGAGCCUUUGCCACCAAGAAACAGUAUAUCGCAAAAGAUGUGGCAAUCCUCAGCUACCCUCUCUCCCACUACGCCAAGAUGUUCGACCUCCACGCUGCUCUUGCUAUUCCUCUCCUGACCAGAUACAGCCGCAACGUCCAAUUUGUUCUCGAGUUCUUCUUCCCCAGAGACUACUACUGUCUUAUUAAUCAGAGGCCGAUCCUCCUCGCCUCCCAACUCAGCCUACGCUUCCAGAGCUCACCUCAUCUGAUGGUAGACGACGACCAGCUUAAGCUCGCAGAGUGCAUGUCACGCAAGGGUAAGGGAAAAGAUGUGUCUGUCUCUUGGGAGAUGAGAGAACCUUCUUCUUUCUCUUCUUCUUCUUCUUCUUGUUUGGAAAGCAGAAAGCGGAAAAGAAGGGAUGAGAAGGAUAUCACUUUGGAUAUUCUCAGGCAACACUUUGCUGGCAGCCUCAAGGACGCCGCUAAAAACAUUGGUGUAUGUCCGACGACCUUGAAGAGGAUCUGCAGACAACACGGAAUCUCAAGGUGGCCAUCGAGGAAGAUCAAGAAAGUGGGACACUCUCUUCGGAAACUGCAGGUGGUGAUGGACUCUGUUGAAGGAGUUCAAGGCUCUCACCAUCUUGCCUCCUUCUACUCAAGCUUCCCUCAACUUCAGUCUCCUUUGCAGCUUGAUCCUACCAAAACUGUCGCAAAGUCACCGCCGCCUUCUUCUUCUUCUUCAUCAGGUUCAAGCACAUGUUGCUCCUCCGAAGAGAAAGACAAACAACUAGGUGGUGGCUUCCACAAACCAUCAUCUCAAGUACUUCUUACCUUAGGCAGCAGCCUGAUGAAGGAUGAGCAGAGGCCCGUACGUGCCACGUCAUCCCUACCCCCAUUGCCAUCCGCAAGGAAAGCAAAGGACGCUGGAAUGAAAGUGCAUGCCAUGUUUGGUGACUCCAAGAUGAGAAUGAGGCUGAAACACCACUGGGGAAUCGCAGACCUCAGAAGAGAGAUCGCAAAAGGGUUUGGGAUGGAUGAUGAUGCUUUGACAAGUAACUUCACUCUCAAGUAUAUGGAUGAUGAUGAAGAAUGGGUUCUGUUGACGUGCGACGCUGAUCUUGAGGAGUGCAUACAAAUCUACAAGUCCUCUCUUUAUAAAGAGACCGUCAGAAUAUCUGUCUCUUCCUUGCUUUGAUUUUUUUUUCUUAAGGCCAAUUCCAUCUAAUUACAUUGGCUUGGUUUGUCAAUCUUUUUUUUCUGUUUGAUCUGAAUGUAUUAAUUAGUUAUUGGCAUCUUGUAAUCUUCGGGGUGGCUGUUGCUCUAUAUAUAUAUACUAGCUUUCUUUGAAGGAGCUAUAU